GUAAGGUUUAAUUGAUUGCGCAGAAUUAAAGAUGGCGUCCUCCAUUAUUAUUUUUACAGCAGUGGUGGUAGUUACCAUCACCAGUACCAUGAUGAUAAUGUUAUUCCCCCUUGCCAAUGCAAUAUCAUCACCAUCUUCAUCAACUGAUGAGGCAGAGGCUUUGCGCAGCACCGGUUGGUGGAAUUCUACCUCUGCUCAUUGCCACUGGGAUGGUGUAUUUUGCAAUAAUGCCGGAAGAGUGACUGGAAUCGCCCUUUACGGUUCAGGAAAAGAAUUGGGUGAGCUUAGCAAAUUGGAUUUUUCUUCAUUUCCCAGCCUGGUUGAGCUCUCCCUUUCUGACUGUGGACUCAAUGGUAGCAUCCCACACCAAAUAGGUACUCUUACUCAACUCACCUAUCUUUCUCUCGGUCUUAACAAUCUUACAGGUGAGCUACCUCUUUCCUUGGCUAACCUCACUCAGUUGGAGGUCCUUUCCUUUUAUUCUAAUCGACUACAUGGUUCGAUUCUUCCUGAAAUUGGGAAAAUGAAGAAUUUGACUGUUUUGGAUUUGGGUAAUAACAACCUUACUGGUGUCAUCCCUUCCUCUUUUGGUAAUCUUACCAAUCUGACAUUUCUUUAUCUUGAUGGUAAUAAAAUAAGUGGUUUUAUCCCUCCUCAAAUUGGGAAAUUGAAGAAUCUGAGGUUUCUCUAUCUUUCUUCUAACGGACUACAUGGUCCAAUUCCUCCUGAAAUUGGGAAAUUGAAGAAUUUGGAGGUGCUUUAUCUUUUUUAUAACAAACUACAUGGUCUAAUUCCUCCUGAAAUUGGGAAUAUGAAGAAAUUGAUUUUUUUGAAUCUACGUAGUAACAACCUUACUGGUGUCAUCCCUUCAUCUUUUGGUAAUCUUACCAAUCUGAAUUCUCUUACUCUUCGAGGUAAUCAAAUCAGUGGUUUUAUUCCUCCUGAAAUUGGGUAUCUUUUGAAUUUAUCAUAUCUAGAUCUCAGUGAGAAUCAAAUCAGUGGUUUCAUCCCUGAAGAAAUAGUGAAUUUGAAGAAAUUGGGUCAUUUGGACAUGAGUAAUAACUUAAUACGUGGAAAGAUACCUUCACAAUUGGGAUAUUUGAAAGAAGUAGAAUACUUCAAUCUCUCCCAUAAUAACCUCUCUGGCACAAUUCCUCAUUCUAUUUCUAAUAACUACAUGUGGACGUCAAUUGAUUUAUCACACAAUCAGUUGGAGAGUCAGUCCACAACUCCACAUGAGGCAUUUGGCCACGACAAAGGUUUAUGUGGUGGAAUCAACGGUUUGUCGCAUUGUAAGAAAAGACACCAAAUCGUUCUCAUCGUUGUUAUUUCUUUAUCUGCAACCUUGUUGCUUUCAGUUACAGCCCUUGGGUUUCUCUUCCAUAAACAAAAGAUAAGAAAAAAUCAAUUAUCGAAGACAACAAAGGCAAAAAAUGGAGAUUUGUUUUCCAUAUGGGACUAUGAUGGUACGAUUGCAUAUGAUGACAUCAUCCAAGCAACUGAAGAUUUUGACAUCAAAUACUGUAUAGGCACCGGAGGCUAUGGGAGUGUUUACAGAGCACAACUGCCUAGCGGAAAAGUGGUUGCCUUAAAAAAACUUCAUAGUUGGGAAAGAGAGGAUCCAACUUACCUGAAAAGCUUUGAAAAUGAAGUUCAAAUGUUAUCAACAAUACAACAUCGUAAUAUUGUGAAACUUCAUGGCUUUUGUCUACAUAACAGAUGCAUGUUUCUCGUUUACAAAUAUAUGGAAAAAGGAAGCUUGUAUUGUAUGUUGAGGGAUGAAGUUGAGGUCGUGGAAUUGGAUUGGAUUAAAAGGGUAAAUGUUGUUAAAAGCAUUGCUAGUGCUUUAUCUUACAUGCAUCAUGACUAUGUCAUGCCCAUCAUUCAUCGAGACAUAUCAAGUAACAACAUUUUGCUGGAUUCUAAGCUUGAAGCUUGUGUAUCGGAUUUUGGCACUGCAAGACUGUUAGAUCCCUACUCAUCCAAUCAAACCCUUCUUGUAGGCACUUACGGUUAUAUUGCACCAGAGCUUGCUUAUACUAUGGUUGUGACUGAAAAAUGCGACGUUUAUAGCUUUGGGAUGGUUGCAUUGGAGACAAUGAUGGGAAUGCAUCCAGGAGAACUUGUCACCUCAUUAUCAUCUUCAUCAACUCAAAACACAACAUUAAAGGAUGUAUUAGAUUCACGUCUUUCAUCUCCUAAAAGUACAAGAGUUGCUAAUAAUGUAGCUCUUAUUGUGUCAUUGGCGCUCAAAUGUCUCCAUUCUAAUCCACGUUUUCGUCCAUCCAUGCAAGAAGUGUCUUUGAAACUUGUUUCUACAAAGUCAUUCCCACAACCCAUCAGUGCAAUAUCACUUUUGCAACUAAAAGACGAAGUUAUUUAAAUGACAUGUGAGUUGGUAUGUAAUUGGAGUGAAGAUGUUUAUUUUCCAUUCUUCUUUUUCAUGCAUGUUAGUAAUGAGAAUUUUAUAGUAUAUGUAUCCCUUCUUUCCUAUUAAUUACUCAAAUGUAGCUUUUCUAUUUGUUUUCCAAAGUGACAAUAGUGUAAUGUGAUGAAAAAAAUUAUAUCAAAUUGAUACAUAAUGAUAUGUAAACUUUGAAUGA